AUGACAACGCGCGUCUACAGUUGCUCUCUUUCGAUCGGCACUAUUCUCUGGCAAUGUGUCUUUCUACUUAUCUACUCAUGCGCAAUAAUUCUUGUUCCACCGAGAAAAAAGGUCUAUCGGCAACUUAGCGUCGUUGCCUUAGCCUACAUCACCUACCUCACACAGAAAAGCCUGCUCGAAACUUGUCUCAACCCGCACUGGCGGGGAAUCGGGUCCCCCUUACUCUGGAUACAGUUCCUCAGCGCAUCCGAGUUAAUCACGAUCUCUUCCGUAUCCACAUUUACCUUCUUCGAAACUUGCCAAUCCUCGAAGCUCUCCACUGUUGCUGCUAUCUUUCAAGGAAUGCUGUUGCUCUGGAAUCUCCGCAGAAUUGGGACCUCGUGGUCAGCCAAGAAUGUUCCUCCAAGGACUCAGCAAAGCUUUAUCCAAUUUGUCGCCGGCAGAUUCCUUUGGCAGUCUUUCGCCUAUGUCCUAUUGGAUCUCUGUGUAUCUGCCCCUGGUCCAAGCCAGCAUUUAUUGCAAGUACCGAAACAGACGUUGUGGAGACUGUCGGGUCUUUCGGUCGAAGAUGCCGUAUUUCGGAUAGUCGGUUCGAUAUCUUUCUGGAUCACUGUCGCUAUUUUGCUAUUUUUUCUACACGGCACGGCAAGUACCAUCGGCGUAAUUUUGAAUCUAUGGCAGCCCAGCGACUGCGCCCCUCUAUUUGGAUCUUUCCGUGAAGCUUACAGUCUUCGUAAGUUUUGGGGUGACAAGGUCUGGCACCAGUGUCUGCGCCAAAGCCUUUGCGAAUUUGCAGAUGCGUUUACCCAUUCAUUGCUCCGCAUACCACCGGGCACUCUACUGUCACGCUAUACACGGCUGACAUUGGCUUUUGCUUUAUCGGGAGCAGUUCAUCACGCUUCGGACUUAGCCAUGGGCAUACCCCUCCAAGAAGCCGGCGGACACGAAUUCUUCGUGCUACAGGCCCUACUUAUCAUGUUCGAAGACUUGAUGCAGCAUCUUAUAGACCAGUUGGAUUUUGUUCAUAUUCCACGAGCUUGUUAUAAGCUUGUUGGAUUCCUAUGGGUUCUGUGCGCUCUAGCCUGGUCUACACCAACCUGGUUUUAUCCAAUGCAGCUUUUAGGAGAAGACUCUUCUGCUCUAGUGCCUUUCAGAGUAACAACUUGGAUCAAGAAAUGGACCCAGGUAUAG